CGCUCCGGGCCUUUUCAAAUCGGGAUCCGUUACCGCUUCCCUGGCCGCCGCCAUUGUCGCGCUCGGAGCCCCAUAGCGCAGGCGGCCGAGGCGGAGGCAGCGACGGCGGGAUGGCGGACGCCGACAAGCCCGAGGUGCCCGGGGCCACUGGCGACGACAGUUCGCAUCAGCAGCCCGCGGAGCCGCCGGGCGAGUCGCGGCGAGAACCGCAUCCCCCGGAGACGGAGAAGCAGCAGCCGCAGCAGCACAGCAGCAGCUCCAAUGGCGUUAAAAUGGAGAAUGAUGAAUCAGUGAAAGAAGAGAAGUCUGACUUAAAAGAAAAAUCUACAGGAAAUAAGAAGGCAAAUAGAUUUCAUCCUUAUUCAAAAGACAAGAAUUCAGGCACUGGAGAAAAGAAGGGCCCAAAUCGUAACAGAGUUUUCAUUAGCAAUAUCCCAUAUGACAUGAAAUGGCAAGCUAUUAAAGAUCUAAUGAGAGAAAAAGUUGGUGAGGUUACAUACGUGGAGCUCUUUAAGGAUGCGGAAGGAAAAUCAAGGGGUUGUGGUGUGGUUGAAUUCAAAGAUGAAGAAUUUGUAAAGAAAGCACUAGAAACUAUGAACAAAUAUGAUCUUAGUGGAAGACCCCUGAAUAUUAAAGAGGAUCCUGACGGAGAAAAUGCUCGUAGGGCAUUGCAACGAACAGGAGGAUCAUUUCCAGGAGGACAUGUCCCUGAUAUGGGAUCGGGGUUGAUGAAUUUACCACCUUCCAUUCUCAAUAAUCCAAACAUUCCUCCUGAGGUUAUCAGUAAUUUGCAGGCUGGUAGACUUGGUUCCACAAUUUUUGUUGCUAAUCUUGACUUCAAAGUUGGUUGGAAGAAGCUAAAGGAAGUGUUCAGCAUAGCUGGAACUGUAAAGCGGGCAGAUAUUAAAGAAGACAAAGAUGGCAAGAGCAGAGGAAUGGGCACUGUCACUUUUGAGCAAGCAAUUGAAGCAGUUCAAGCAAUUUCUAUGUUCAAUGGACAGUUUUUAUUUGAUAGACCUAUGCAUGUGAAAAUGGAUGACAAGUCUGUUCCUCAUGAAGAGUACCGUUCACAUGACAGUAAAACACCACAACUACCACGCGGUCUUGGAGGCAUUGGAAUGGGACUUGGUCCAGGUGGACAGCCUAUUAGUGCCAGCCAGUUGAAUAUAGGUGGUGUGAUGGGAAAUUUAGGUCCAAGUGGUAUGGGAAUGGAUGGUCCAGGUUUUGGAGGAAUGAAUAGAAUUGGAGGAGGAAUUGGGUUUGGUGGUCUGGAAGCAAUGAAUAGCAUGGGAGGAUUUGGAGGAGUUGGCCGAAUGGGAGAGCUAUACCGUGGUGCGAUGACUAGUAGCAUGGAGCGAGAUUUUGGACGUGGUGAUAUUGGAAUAAAUCGAGGCUUUGGAGAUUCCUUUGGUAGACUUGGUGGUGGAAUGGGUGGCAUGAACAGUGUGACUGGAGGAAUGGGGAUAGGACUGGACCGGAUGAGUUCCAGCUUUGAUAGAAUGGGACCAGGUAUAGGAGCUAUAUUGGAAAGGAGCAUCGAUAUGGAUCGAGGAUUUUUAUCGGGUCCAAUGGGAAGCGGAAUGAGAGACAGAAUAGGCUCCAAAGGCAACCAGAUAUUUGUCAGAAAUCUGCCUUUUGACUUGACUUGGCAGAAACUAAAAGAGAAAUUCAGUCAGUGUGGUCAUGUAAUGUUUGCAGAAAUAAAAAUGGAAAAUGGAAAGUCGAAAGGCUGUGGAACGGUCAGAUUUGACUCCCCAGAAGCAGCUGAAAAAGCCUGCAGAAUAAUGAAUGGCAUAAAAAUCAGUGGCAGAGAAAUCGAUGUUCGCUUGGAUCGUAAUGCAUAAUAUCAAACCAUGGUUGGAACAUUCCUACAUCUGUUUUGCUGAAUCUCCUAGUAGAAGUCAUUUUUUAAGUAAUACUGUAUGCUUACAAAAGCUGUAAAAAUGUACUUUUAAAACUCCCACCAGCUUUUAACAGUAUAAUGUUAAAAAUAUACUGUGAUUUUUGUUAAUCUCAAGUUUGGGUUUUUAAAGACAGCAAGUCUGGUCAUUCAGUUUAAAUGAAUGGUUAUACUGUUUUUAAUGAAAUAAGCCAUUUUCUUGUUGUUUUCAGUACUACAUAGUGGGAUUUGUUUGUUUUAGUUUCCCCAGCUUUUAUCAACUUACUGUGAGGUAAAACAUAGAUGUUUUUUUCAAAACUUCUGUUUUAUAAUAUGUAAUUAAUUGCUCAUGAGAAGAAAGGGCUCAGACAAAUUAGGAUGUGAUUUUGGUUGGUUUUGAGUUACUUUGGUGAUGAAGAAUUACUGUAAGUUUUAGAUUCUGAAGUUCAGGAUGUUUUUUAUUUGAUUUAAACGAAGAAAUGGAUUUUUCCCUCUCUUCCCCUCCCUGCCAUUCACAUUUCCCACAUAACACUAUUAAUAAUAUCAACCUCCACAACCCCUUAUUUUAUUAUUUCCAAUAAUUCCAAGUUCAUAUAGAAUCGAUAGUGUAGCAAGCCCCAAGUAUAAUAAUAGGCAGACUCCUCCCAACUUUUUGUCUAGUUUCCAGCCAUUGAAGUGAACUGCUAAAAAGAGAAAAAUAAUUGAAAUGUUGAGAGAGACAGUUAUAUAAGUUAGUCCUCUGCUGUUCACUUCUAUAGGAGCUGAUGCAUUUAUAAAUGCAGUUUUAAUAAACCAUGGAACACCAAGACAUAGCAUAUCAAAUACAUUGGAUCCCACGAUGUUAGACAUAGCCAUAUCUCCUUUACCUACAAAAGAAAAACAUGUUAAAAUGUGCAUACCAGUACUGUAUUUUAUUAAUAGUCUUUAUAAGGAAAAAACACUGGAUACUUUUUGUUGUUGGUUGGUUGGUUUUAGAAUAUUGUUAUUAGAGCAAAAGUCUUAUUGAAUUUGUAUUUUAAAAUUUUUCUUGGGUUAGUAUUUAUAGUCUUAACAUUUAUUUAAUAAUGAUUAUCUUUAUUUAUUAAACCAUUUUUCAAUAA